UCUUCCCCACGGACUGGACGCUAGGGAAGCAUCAAGCUUGAUUGUAUCAUCACAUAGCCUAUGCUACAAUAACGAGACGGCUAUUCGUCCGUUUAUCCUCAGAAGCAAGCCGUGCAUUUGGUGAGUGAGAGCUGUGGAGGGGAGAUGUCGGCCAUGUACAAAGACGACCAGGAUAACUGGAUGACUGUCUGCCUCAAGUACCUCCUCUUCGUCUUUAACGUCCUCUUCUGGGUUGGUGGAGCGGCGGUGAUGGGCGUGGGCAUCUGGACCCUGAUAGACAAGAGUGACUACCUGAGCCUGCUGGCCUCCAGCACCUUCACCGUGUCCGCCUACAUCCUCAUCCUGGCCGGGGCCCUGGUCAUGGUCACGGGCUUCCUGGGCUGCUGCGCCGUCAUCAGGGAGCAGAGGAGCUGCCUGUCCACGUAUUUCUGCUGUCUGUUGUUGAUCUUUCUCAUAGAGCUGGUGGCAGGAGUCCUGGCCUACGUGUAUUACCAGAGGCUCAGUGAGGAGCUGAAGCAGCACCUGAAUGAGACCAUGACAGAGAACUACGCCCAGCCAGGGAAAGAGGCCAUCACCCUGGCCGUGGACAGACUACAGCAGGACUUCAAGUGCUGUGGCAGCAACAACUCGUUUGAUUGGCUGCAUAGUGUGUACAUGACCUCGGCGGUGUCGGAGGGCAGGGUGGUCCCGGACAGCUGCUGUAAGACCAUCACCACCCUCUGUGGCCGCAGAGACCACCCCUCCAACAUCUACAAGACUGAGGGUGGCUGCAUCACCAAGCUGGAGCAGUUCCUGGCUGACCACCUGCUGAUCAUUGGAGCUGUAGGGAUAGGAGUGGCCUGUCUACAGCUGGCCGGGGCCAUGUUGACGGCCUGCUUUAUCUAUCUGCUGUAUAAAGAAGAGGAGGAGGACUUCUCUGCCGUGUGAUUGGCUAAGCCUCUGUCUGGUCACACUCAGUGGGGACGGGACAAGAUCUGUGGGAUGGUGUUCACAUGCUGCCUACACAGAAGGAUUAAGUUGGAUCCUUACUGAACCCUACCGUCAAGCCCCCCAACACCAUCCUGCCUCAUGGCCCAGGGAGCAACGAUGCCUGCUGAACACUCAACCUUGACCUCUAACCCCUCCUAACCUCUGAACCUUACGAUCCAACCCUGCCUGGACCCUCCUGGAUCCUUCUGCACCCCUGCCUUGGCUUGGAUGCAUGCACAGCCCCCCCCCACUCUCAAAGACAGGGCCAAUGAAGAAGAGAUGAUUUGGUAUUUUGGUAUUGUUCUUUUCUGUAGUAAGCCUACUGCUGUUUAUGUAAGGUAGUUCUUACUGUAUGUUCUCAAUACAGUCAAAUCCUUACUGUAGAUUUCACAACAUUCCACACAACUGGAAGGCAAACCGAAGUGGUUGUGACUGAGAAUCAAGUGUACUGUACACACUCUCAUGGUGUCGCUGCUUACGAAGGGUUAUUCAAUCAUCCCAGGAUGUUUUGUCUUCCUCAGUUCCUGUAUUGAUUUAUCAGUUAGUUAGAACAUGUUCAUGUUUAUUACCACUUCCAUUAACCUGUGGAUAGGUUCUUUUUCACAGGACAAAAAGUACAUACUUAAAAGCCAUGAUCAUUGUGAAAUAAAACAUUGUUUCUUUGUUAUAUUCACCUAUUCUCCUAACCUCGUCCAACCAUAGUGCAGAGGUAAUCAGUCUGGUAAUAUAAGGCUACUAUUCUCCAUCAAUCUUACAGUAUUGAUGCUUCACUAUGCUUGCUGACUGCAUUUGCACUUAUGCCAACUAAAUUCCCUCAACUCAAUACACCAUUAUGUCCACAUUCAAGAGUGCUGUGGCCAUAGCAGGAUUCAUCUGUAGGUUAAUGGUAUUACCAUAUGACUGGGGAUGUGUCCCACAAUGUGCCUCUGUCAUCCUUUUAUCACACAUUCUUUGAUAGCAAUGUUACACCAAUUUAAUGGUUCACCACAAAGGGAAUCCCAUGGUCAUCGAUGUGUUUUCUUUGUGACGUAGAUCAAUCAUGAGUUGAUUGAUAUCCACAGAAUAAUCAAGCAGAUAUGGGGAAAACCUAAACUUGAUAUGAAUGAAAAUAGCACUAAACGCUGCUAAGAGUAACGUUGCACCUAACAUUUCUGUAUGUGUUGCCUCCGUAGUUUGACUAACGAAUCUGGUUCUGUGUUGUAUGCUUUGCUAAAGGUGUUGAUAUCGGCGAAGUCGCCUUUCUUGCAGUACCAUAUAAACCUACCACUCAUCUUUCAAUCCCAGGACCCAUUGACUUGUUUUACGACCACUUUUAUUAUGCUGGAGAAACAUGUUGUCAUUUACCACUGAUACAGGGUCAGAUAUUUCUCUGUCACCCUACUGGUUAAGAUUAGGAUUCAGGGGUUAUGGGUAACUUCUAGUUGAACGGGAGAGGUUUGAACUGUCAUGAGUCUGUCCUCUCCUCUGGUGUGGGUUAGGAUCCCCAUCCAGUGGUAGAUAUUGGUAUAUACUCCUGUGCAGCGCUCCUGUAGUAUUCUGUGUAAGUUAGCAACAUUUCGGGAACGUUCAAUAAAUUCCCUGGUUUUCCAGAAAUCCUGUUUGGGGGAUUCCGGAUUUCCUGCUUAUUCCCUCCUGAUUCCAGGAUCCCUCCAACCAAGAUUUCAGGAAAACCAGGGAAUUUAUUGAACGUUCCCGAAAUUUUGCAACCCUAUUUCUGUCUGAUUGGUUGUGGAGCAGCCAGGCAGCCUUGCAUCGACUACUGCUUUUAAAGACUAACUACAUUCCUCUGAAGGCAGGAGAUAUAUUUACAUUUUAUUGUUUACUACGACUUAGAAAAUGUCUGAACCAUUUCCACGAGAGGACACUUUCAAAGAGAGCGUUCAUUGGCUUGACUAUUGUCAAGGACACAUUCAAAUAUUAUUGGUUGGCCAUUACCAAGAUAGGACAUUGGUCUUUGUUUUUUAGGAGUACUGGUAAUUCAGCUGACAAAUUCCAGUUGAUACAAUGACAACAAUCCUUUUUCAAAGUUGUAUGGAUGUUUUGCUGUUAUUCCAAGAGAUGAAGACACAUAUACAGAUGGUAUUUUUUCUAUUCCUCCAAGUGAAGCUCUCUCAGACAGAAAGCUGUUCUUGUUGUUCAUGUAUUUUUUAAUCUGAAAUGGGUCAAAAUAUGAUAUAACAUUAUAGUAUGUAUAAUAUAAAAUAUAUAAUAAAACAUAUGUGAUAUGAUCUGGGCUCUUUCUAUACUGUACACUGUAGUAAUCAAAGUAUGCCUUUGUCUGUUUAACAAAAAUGUCAUAAUAGCUUUUGAAUUUAUGUUGAUGGUAGUCUUUAACCAGAUAAACUUUAUUUUUCUGUUUCCUAAACCAUUCAAUGGUUUGGUAUUAUUAUUCUCAGCUGUUCUCUUUGCAUCAAUGUCUUGAAUGUUUUGUUACAUUAUAUGACUAUUGCUACUUUAAAUGUUGAUAUUUAUACUCUGAGAUAUGAAGAAGGUUAUAUGUGCACAGACCAUGUUUGAAAGAAGUGCACAUGGAUGGAAACAUUCAUCUUCAGCGACAUGUAGUCUAUCUGUUAAGAGUGUUGCAAGGUAAACAAAUCUGUCAAUGUGCCCUUGAGCAAGGCACUUAACCCCAAUUGUACUUGUAAGUCUCUCUGGAUAAAAGCGUCUGCUAAAUGACUCAAAUGUAAAUGUUUGUAAAAGCUGAUGUGACAAUGGUAUUGGGAUGCACUGUAUGACUUGUUCUAUACAAUGUGAUUACAUAAAUGGUUUCUAAACUUUACUCAAUAAAUAUAAUACUAUAUUA